GUGUUUGCACCGUAUUAUUCGUUUCUAGAGGUUUCAACUGGUUCCUUAAACCCUAAAGUCUUUUCACCGCCAUUUUUGGGAAUCGCAGAAUCCAAUAGUUGAUUCAAUGGCGUUCGCUUCCAGUUUUCGUCGCGUUCUCAGCUCUGGCUCUUCUAUUCUCCAAUCUCAACUUGCGACCACUCGUUUCAAUUCAACUCUAACCAGCCCUAAACUCUUCGUCAGUGGUUUAUCAAGACUUACAACUGAUGAAAAACUUAAGGAGGCAUUUUCUUCAUUUGGCCAGCUUGUUGAUGCAAAAGUUAUAACAGACAGAGUGUCUGGAAGAUCAAAGGGGUUUGGUUUUGUUACCUAUACGACCAUAGAGGAAGCUGAGCAGGCAAGAGAAGGAAUGAACGCAAAGUUCUUGGAUGGAUGGGUUAUUUUUGUUGACCCUGCCAAACCAAGGGAGGUGAGACCACCUCCUCCUCGUCAACCAGAAUCGCAACCCUCUGAGACAGGUUUCAGAGUAAACAAGACUAUUGGAUGGUCUGGAUGAUUUUAGGUGGUUGAUGGUACUCAUCAAACUAGAGGACUUUUGACAGAAUGCACUCAGCUACAAUCUCUAAACAUAAAAUCUUGUAUUCAUGGACAUGAGGGAUAUUUGGACAAAACUUUUGUUGGAUUGGUGGUCAUAAUUUAUUUAUGGUUUAUCAAUUGAUUCGUUUUGGAUGA